AUGUAUAAGCUAUUGAAACCAGUGCAGAAAGAGAUUUCAAGUUUUGAGACUCUGCAGGAAUUAGCUCCUGCAUUGAAUGAGGAACUUUGUACAGAACUAGUAAUUAAAGAUGUAAUGGAUCAAGUAGAAGUUGACAAUGUUGAUGACGCAAUUAAACAGCAAUAUAAAGAAGCACUAAACGACAGAAUGAGACCACAACAAGUACCAGAUUUAUCACAGCAUGUUUUAUGUACUGAGGCAAUUGUACAAGAUGAUAUUCCAUUACUACCACCACCACCUCCACCACCAAAAAUGAGAGUUCCAUCACUCCCACCAAACUGGGAAAUUGCAAAAGACUUGGAGGGCAAUGUGUACUAUUAUCAUGCUAAAACCAGACAAACUCAGUGGUCUCUACCAGUUUGGGAUGAUUAUAACAGUCAAGAUGUUGUGGAUAUUAAGGUUUCCCUGGAUGAAGAUAGGAAAGCAACGAGAAAUGAGAAUACAAAAAGUGUGACAGGAAAUCUCUUUAGUAUGGAAAUAGAUUCUGAAGUAAUACCGCCUAAUGUAACAGAUGAUUCAGAAUCUACUAUGUAUACAGCAACCCAAGUGCCAAGUAUGAAUGAGGACGACCUAUUGGCAAAAGUCUGUAUUUCAGAAUUAUGGAAGUGGGACAACGUUGACAAGAAUGACACAGUUGGUAAAAUUGAGAACAUCAAUGUAACACUGGAAAGCUUAUUUUUUAUGAGAGGAUUUUUGCCAGAUGAGGUUAUUGAUGCUUAUUUACAUCAGCUGACUGUAGGAUCAACUGGAACAAUUUACAUCAAUAGUACUAUUAUGACAGCUAUUGCAAACAGGCAAACAGAGACACAUGGCUAUUUACAAGAGGUCAACUUCCAAGAAUAUGACUGUGUUAUUGGUGCAGUGAAUGAGGGAGAAAACCACUGGACUCUUUUGUCAACAAGUGGAACCAACAACUUAAUGUCUCCUGGACAGAGUACACAGUUAGCUAGUGAUACAAAUGAAUCACAGUAUUCAGGAAUUGUAAAUUUGUCCGAUGACAUAAGUGUCCAACAGUCCUCUGAGGUUUCACAGCCAGCUAUUGGAAACAAUAAGUUGAUAUUAUCUGAAACUAUACAGCCAGAACCUUGUACUAACGAGACAGCAGUAUCUUGUAGUGAUGAUGGAACAACUCUUGCAGGCAACAUGAGUGAUGAUGGUGAAAAUGAGGAAGAAGCAGUACAUGUAGAUGACAACCACAAAGGAGGAACUAGAAAACCAAAAAGGCCAUGUCCAUUUUGUGGUAUAUUUCAAAGUCGAUUAAGCAGGCAUAUUCUAACUAAACAUAAGGACAACGAUGAGGUAAAGGCAGCAAAGCAGCUUCCAGUAAAGGACAGAAAUCAGGUCUUGUGCAAUUUGAAAAGGAGAGGCUAUCACCAGUACAACUUGAAGCUAAUGAAAGAGGAUGACUUUGAUGUAAAGCAAAUACUUAAGGAAAGGCAGACAAGAAAACAGAGGGAAGGAGAUGCCAUGGAAAGUAGGGUUAUGUGUUCCACAUGUCAGGGGUAUUUUGUAAAAGAACACUUGAACAUUCACAGAAACAAAUGUUCAGCAGCAGAGGGAACAACAAUUACACCAACUGCAAUUCCACUUUCUGCUGUUAGAGAUGAUGGUUACACUGAAGAUUAUAAGGCAGACAUCUUAAGUGGCUUUUUGGAUGACACAAGUGGAAAGUUUUGUAAAACUGAUAAAUACCUAAAAGAUUUUGGAUUUCACAGUUACAGAAGAUUUGCAGCAAGGAAGGAUAAAAACCCACAGAAUAGAAAAAAUAUAAUGAAGCACAUGAGGAUGCUAGCAAAUCUUUUCUUUUGUUUUAAAAGCGAGGCAGCUAAAAUUGGCGUAGACAUAAAUGCAACAUUAGACAUGUUUAAAAUGGAACACUUUACCACUUUUAUGGAUGCUAUCCAUGUGAUGGCUGCAAAAGACGAUGGUGGCAUGAAAUCUGGAUUAAAGAAAAACGUAGGUCAUCUUUUAAAAAAUGUUAUUAAACAUAUAAAAGGGCAGCAUUUAUUGAAGGGUAAGAAAGAUGAGCUGGUAAAAAUUGAGGAAUUUAAAACAUUAUUUGAUUAUUACAGAAAGGAGAUAUUCGAUGGAGCUGAAUACAAUUGUAUUAAGAAUAGACAGGAAAACUUGAGGCGACCCCAAUAUUUACCUCUUGAUGAUGAUGUAAGAAGAUUGCGAAAUUACACCCUUACUGGAAUUGCUCAGAUGGAUGACCCAUAUCAGAUUUUAGAUGUUAAUGAAUAUCCCCGGCUUAGAGAUCUUGUGGUGGCAAGAAUUACACUGUUUAAUGCCAAGCGGGGAGGAGAACCAAGUAGACUUACUAUAAAAGAAUGGAAUGAUGCAAAAGAUGGCGUCUGGUUAGAUGAAACCCACAAGAAAAAAGCCAAAACAUCAGAAGAACUUGAAUUGUUUGAAAUAUACAAAUUGUCAUAUCAGUCUGGCAAAAGUGUAUGCCAUAUGCUCCCAACGCUCAUUCCGAAAGAUUCUUGGAAAGCUAUAAGAAAGCUUACUGAUCCACAGAUAAGACAGAUGGCAGGUGUAAAACCUAGUAAUAUAUAUGUAUUUCCAAACAUCAAAGGCUCCAAUUUUCAUGUAAAUGGAUGGAAUAGUGUAAACAAAGUUUGUAAGCAGGCAGGGCUGACAAAAGAGAUUAAUGCCACCCAAAUGAGACAUUACAUGUCAACUGUGUUUGCAAACUUGGAUGUACCAGAGACAGACAGGCAGGCUUUUUAUAGACACAUGGGCCAUUCAGAAGAAAUCAAUAAACAUGUUUACCAAUGUCCAUUGGCUGUUCAAGAAAUUACAAAAGUUGGAAAGUUUUUUUAUCUUAUGGACAAAGAUGGUAUUAAAGCUUAUCCUGAUUCUCAGUCAUUACCAGCAAAAAUGCAAAAUGCUGACCAAGAAGAUGUUGCGGGUACUUCAUAUGACAAUAGUGGUGGUACUGAUGAAAAUACAGAUAUAACAGAGAGUGAUGAGGAUUCAGGUUCAAGUUCAAGUUUUGGAAGAGCAAAGAGAGGGAAAAAAAGAAAGAAUAGAGUUAUUAAAUACAGUUCUUCAGAGGAUGAUUCUAGUCCACAAAGUGAUGACAAUUCUGAUGAAGGCAACAUUCAACAAAAGAGAGGAUUGAAAAGAAAGAGCAAAGUUAUUGUUUCCUUUGUGGGUAGCAAUCAACAAAAGAGAGGAUUGAAAAGAAAGAGCAAAGAUGAAGAAAUUGAAGAAGAAAUUGCAGAACUAUUAAGAACAAGAAAGAAAGGAAGACGAUAUGUUCAAUGGAGUGAGAAAGAUUCAAACACUGUAAAAUCCUACUUCAAACAAUACAUCCAGGAUGUAUCUAAAGAAGGUGCAAAAGGGAGAAUGCCUGGUUUUAAGGACAUAAAAAUAUUUAUGGAGUUACAUCCAAGUGUAAUGGCCCAAGAGACUGACUUUUUGACAAGGAGAGAUAUUAUCAAAUCAAAAAUAUUUAAUGAAAGAAAAAGGUUCAGAGGAAUAUAUGAGGAGAGGAAAAAGAAAUUUUACUGUUAA